AUGGAUACCCCGACGAAAUGGAUAACCUCGACGAUUGAACGCCUCUUGGGCUCCUAUUUGAAUAAAUCUUCGAUCAAAAUCCCUUUUGAGAACGAUCAGAGCAACCUCCGCUUCCGCACCGAUGUCGUCAAGAGCGUUCUGGUGAACAGUUGUACGGAAGACCGCCACUUUCACAAACUCAAUGUAACCGACUCGGAUGCCCAAAUCGAAGCGAUCUUUUCCAGAGAGGCGCUGGAGGACUAUCAGAAGAGAUACCCACAGCAUCCGUUCAGCAAAGAGGAGGUACGGGGAUACCGUGUUCAGCUGGAGGACUUUGAGCUGGUCUUAGAGUAUACCACGGCCACCCCGAAGGUUCAUCUCUAUGUUCAACGUUUCAAGGUAGAAUGGGGCUCGGCCAGGGUCAAGACCCCCCCAAAGGGGAAGACCCUUCGGAAACAUCCGGUUUAUAAGUUGAUGCAAGAUGCGUCCAGAGACGCCAAGCAAUCACUGCAGCAUAUUAUGGCGCCUGCCCCUCGACGCAAUGAUUCUUUCUCUUCGCAGACCUAUCAACCGUUCCAGUUGCCUGCCUCGCAGAAUGGCUUCAUGUCCCAGGUUUAUCCAGCUCCUCAGGCACAGGCUAUGCAGCAUCCGCCUCACCCGGACAGAAGUGCCAGGGUCUCUACUCUACUUGCAAUGCUAGAUCAGCGGGCUGGGAUUAACAUUCCAUCGGAUCAACUGGGUCGCGUGCCUUCCCUCCCUCCGAUUCCUGAUCACCAGCAUGGAAUUGCGGUACCUGCAGCAAUGGCAAACAUACCAUCUGCCAGGUACUAUACUGCAGAGCCUUCCAGGGUCAAUAUAGACAACGCGCCUUUGCCCUUUACCGUGCCGAGUGCAGCCGCGCAACCCGUCCCGCGCCCAUCGAGCAACCAGUUCCUUCGGUUGGCUUCGCAGCCUCCUCUCGCCAAGGACAGCGUAUCUCUGUCCAGAGUAUCAAGGAACUCUGCGCCACCACAUAGUGAAUUUGAAGCGGAGCGAAUGCCACAGCUAGCAGGUUUGUCUCAAAAAGGCACGGAGAAACAAACUAGUUCCCCACUACAGAUGAUCCAACAACCUCACAGGGCUGUAGUCAAGGAGAAGCAGCCGUUAGAGAAACUGGGACUUUGCCUUGAAGACCCUUGGAAGGACUUGACGCGGAUUGAGGAACGGGAUAUUCGUAUACCCAAGGACCAAAAGGAUUUACUAGGGUUAUAUAAGCGCCGCUGGAUACCACCUCUACCCGGGGAAAGCAAACCACAAGGCCACGUACCACCUCGUCUACUUGCCCAGUGGAACACUAUUGUGACGCGAAGAAGCCGGGCCGCUGGCGAAAGGUCACUGGAAAAAGCAAAACCGGAAGCGCUUCCAUUAGAACGGCCUUCACUUGGUCCUCCCAGUCCUACCCCUCGAGCCGAUUCAGACUCAGAAGGCGAACCUUUAACGUCGCAGUGGUCAGAAAGCUCCCCUGAACAGACUAUACGUCGACGUCCAGCCCUGCCUGAAGACAGUAGCCCUAUAAGAGGGAGCCCGCGCAGGCUAGGGCGCAAUGUACCGGUGGCAGAUAGACCUAAAGUGCAAGCUGAUCGUAUCACCGAAGAGUCUAUUCUAGAAUCCGAUCAGCGUGCUCUAAGCACGGUAUCUGAGAAACCGGCGGGCAUUGCUGGCCAGGCCAAAACAUGUAUACAUCCUGCUAGGCGAAGCAUCACAGUCCGAGCCCAAAGUCUACGAGAUGACUCGGAUGGCGACAGCGAUGACUCCAUGAUGGAUACCUCUGUGCCCUGUCCACUAGGGGUCGAGUUAUCUCAGUCGCAGUUUUCAAGUCAGUUGGAGCGGGAGAUAACCAGCUCAGGUCCGUCUCUUCCUGCGCCCGCUACACAGGAUCAGGUGCAGGUCGUUGAUACUCCCGAGACAAACCUUGGACGGUUCCGCCAUUCUCAACCCGAACUGGGUAGCAAAGCCCCGGGAACGCAGCCCUUUAGUACCCAGUCACCCAGCGUAGACAAAUCGUCGUCUCAGUCACGCAUCCUGAAUUCAGUUGGGAGUAGCACCAACAAAGUGUCUUCCUCUCAAAGUCUUCCACAUGAUCAAUCUAGGGGCACUAACGCGGAAAUCCGGGUAGAUAUUGCUGGGACACAGAUGAGCAAUCAAGACCUGUCAACGCAGGACCCGACACCCGUUUCUACCGCGGACAUGGUUCUAGAUUCAAGUGCCCCAAGACUGCGUGAAGCGAGUGAGAUCAUGGAAGUCGCAAUGCCCUCAUCUCUACCGCUCGAGACCAGUGGUCAAAAAGAAGCUAGCUCCGAAGUCCUGGCGCAGAGAUCGUCAAACAGGCAUUCCGUGGGAGUGAUCUCGAAACGUUCUGCAUCUGCGCUCGAAGACGAGGCAUGUGGUCCAUCCAAACGACAUCGAACGCAGCCGCCUGAAGCAGCUCAUGAACCAGCUUCCAGCGCAUUACAUCGAGAGAGCCCCCGCAAUCCCGCUGAUAGCUGGGAAGCUCAGCAGAUUUAUGGGAAGUUCUGUCGGAAUUAUCCAAAUUAUACUGGCGAGUUUCAUCACUUCACCACGCUCUGCUCCAAGCUUCAGGCUGUGCGAGCCAAGGGGCACCUGCAACGGUCGUUCUUAUGGGAUGAUUUCAUUAUCAAGCAUCUCGAAGAGUUUCCCGGCUAUAUACAGCAAACCCAGAUGUCAGAAUCCAAGUCCAUGGAUUACGAGGACUAUUUUGCAUCUACGUUUUCCCGACCUGUUUACAAGAAGCGAAGCCUGACAGUGCAGGGUAUCGCGAUUGCAGCAGCACAGGAUGACUCAGCCAGGGAAGACCAGGAGCCUGCUCCUGUACAUGCUUCGCCAUCCAGACCAGACACUUCGUUCACCGGCAGCCUUGUGAACCGCUUCACUAAUCUACAUGCUCACUCUUUCGAGCCAGGGAGUCAGGCCACCUUAUCCGACACUGACAUGGAUAUAUCGUCUGUAAUGUCGUCGCCCACUCCCCAUCGCCAGCCCCAGUCUGUCGCCCAGGAAGGCGAUUGGAAUAUGACACGCCAUACAGAGCAAAUGCUCACCGAGGAAGAUGCGUCUUCUGACCUUGCGUCAGCAGAGCGGCUCGUAAUACCUACAAGCUCGGCCAGCGCUUACGAGUCUGCCCUAGAAUAUGCCCCCAUACACGAAGAUAUUACCGUCUUCGAGAAGGGGGAUACCUCGGAGUCUAGUGGCCUAGAAGGUGGGGAGAUAGCUGAGGCAGCGACACCAACUCCAGGCAACCAAGUUUCAGCGGUUGGAACUGCGCAGCACGAACAGCAUACUGGGAAUCAUGACAUGGAUGAUCGAGAUACCACUCAAACACCAGCUGACCCAACUACCGUGGCUGAGUCCGAGCAGCACGCUUCGCAAGUCGAGGAAAGUUCGAUGGCUGUUCGCGACGCAACUGCAACACCCGCAGAACCGAUGACAGUGGCUGAAUCCGAGCAGCACGCUUCGCAAGCCGAGGAUAAUUCGAUGGUCGAUCGGGACGCCACUCCAACACCAGCGGAGUCAGUCCCUGUGGUUGAGUCCGAGCAGCAUGCUUCGCAAGUCGAGGAUAGAUCGAUGGCCGAUCGCGACGUCACGCCAAUACUAGCGGAGCCAAUUCUCGCUGUUCAGUCUCAGCAUGAAUCGCAAACUAAGGGUCAGACUGUAGCGGACCAAGCUGCGGAGACAACAGUGUUCGAGCAUGUGGAGAUCAGCCAAAUAGACGAGCUUGAAGGCAACCAAGAUGUCUCAAUGGGCGAACCGGAAAGCCCAGAUGGAUCGAUCAUGGAAGAUGCUGACAAUAUGGUUGGCCAAAAGUCGGAACCGGUGGCCCCAGAAGAACACCUGGAAGUGAUCAGUGCAACGAACGCAGCACCUUCAGCGCUUGAGGCGCAUGCCAAGGUACCUGCUGAAGACGCCCACGCCGCCGUCGAUCAAGGGGUAGAAGAAAUGGACACAGAAGAACACCCGGCAUCAGUGAUUGCACCUAAAGAAGUUACUCUGGAAGAACAGAACGAGUUGAUUGUGGAAGACAUCCCUGACACAGUCGGCCAGGAAGCCGAAGAAAUUGACUUAGCGGAGCACCUCCCACCCGUCGCUGCAGCGGACCAAGCAGGGCCCCCCGCCGUGGGGGAACAGGAUCAACCUCAGUCCCACGACACACCUGACCAAGAAAGCCAAGAUGUCGAUAUGGCAGUAGAAAGUCAAGAGUCGUCGAUUCUAAUCACGCAAGAUCCUGAUGGCCAUGGAACUGCGCCAUUGGACUUAGCAGAACAGUCACAGGCUAUUCUUGCAGAGGACCAGGCUAGGUCUCCCGAACCAGAACAGCAUAAUGGGUCGACAGGGCAAAGCUUACACAACACUAUUGACAAGGAGGUCGAAAGAGCCAGUUCAGCGAAGCACCUGCUAUCUCAUGCAGCAGGGGAGCUAAAUCACUCCCAGUCGGAACAACAAGAUGCGCCAAUUAAUCAAGACGCUCCCACAGUUGAUCACAGAAGUCGGGCCUCCAAAGAACAGGGAGAAUACGACAAAUCGGUCAUCCAAGGCAUCCAAGACUCAUUUGACCGAGAAAAUGGAGCAAUGGACUCAGCAGGAACCCUGCAUUCUAUUGUUGCAGAGGAUGGAGUAAGGCUCGCCCAGCCGGAAGUGCAAGAGGCGCCCUUUGCUGGAGGCACCAAUGAUGUGCCUGCUCAAAAGGCGGAUGCGAUAAAUUUGGCUGAGCUAGGCGCUGUUGUUGCAGGAGAUGAAACAGUAUCUGCCAAGCAACCUCUGCUAGAACAACCGGAGCCUUCGGACGCUGAAACUGAGAGCGCGGACGAGGAGCCGCGCUACCCCAUGGUUGCGGUCGAAGUAAGAGCCGUCGAAAAUCGUUCAGUUAAGUCAGAAGCGCCCUCCGAUGCUGAUGUGGAGAGCGAUGUUGAGCAGGUGCACUCUGUUCUUAUAGGGGAUGAAGCCAGCGCUGCCGAACAAGCUUUGCCAGGUCCAGCAGCACACUCGGAUAUUGAUAUGGAGAGCGAUACCGAGAUUCUGCCCUUUGUCCUGGCGGAGCACGCAGCCAGCUCGGCCGAAGAUGCUCUAGUAGAACCGGCCGAGCACUCAGAUAUUGUUAUGGAGAGCGAAGUGGAGCUGCUGCUCUUCGACGAUAAAGAGGACCAUGCUAGCUCAACUGAGCAGGCACCAGUAUCUCCACAAAUACAUUCCGAGAUCGAGACUGCGGGCCCAGCCGAUCCCAACGCGACCACCGAGUCCGAGUCCGAGGACGACGAAGAAAACGAUGAUUCCAUGGACAUUGGGAACCACCACGAGACCGCCAGCAUCGAACUAGGCGACGAACCGCUGUCCCCGCCGCCUACUACUCGACCGCCGGCGCAGCCCGAGACCGUAUCCGAGUCGGAGAGUGACACUGAUGAUGAUGAUGAGAUUAACGAGAAUUGGUUCCUGUCCCUCCGCCAUCUCCGUCCGACAGCACCGGUCUGGUCGGACGACCCCAACACCCCUUUCAAGCAGUGGGUUCGAGCCGACCAAGCGAUUCUGAGCGAGCGUGACCGCCGCGGCGGGGCGUACCUUCCUGUCGAUGCGAAAGGGUGUAUGCGGCAGUAUCACAAGUCUGCAUCUUCUCAAGAACAGGAAUUGCUGCACCCCGAAGAGUUCGAUACCAAGCGACCAGUGGCGCAGUCCGCUCGCUGGAGCUCCAUAGCCCUUGACUCAUGGUUCUACGAAAGUGUGGCCGUUUGCUUUAGCAUUGCUUGCCUGAUAGCUAUCGUCUGCAUACUGCUGGUCUACGAUCAGCAGAAAACACCGAGCCUCUCCUACGGACUGACCUUGAACGCGAUCGUAUCUAUUCUGGCGACCGGCGCCAAAUCUGCACUGCUGUUCUUCUGCGAGCCGUGGACCCUGGGGCUCACUGAUCUUCUCAGAGAUCAGGGACGCUCGUUUGCCACGCUGGGAGCCCUAGUGACGAUCCUCAGCCUCGUCUUUGAUCCCUUUGUUCCUGUUAACUUUGGAUGCAAUGCGCUGCACCCCUCUGCCUGGUUCACCUCGCUCUGGGCCCUGCAUGAUGGCGAGCUGGCCGAGAAUACCGAAUAUGCGUCCUCACGAGGCGAAGAUGACGUGCGGCUUGAUUAA